AUGGUAUCCAGGUCCAGGAGAAGAGGGUGUGGUUUGCUUUUAGCUUUGUUAUUGGUUUUAGAACGCAGUGAAAUAGAAAAGGAAGAGAUAACCAUAUUCUGUGAAUCGAAAGCUGGCGCACAGAACAGACGGAACAGAAGGAAAGAAAUUGAAAACGAAUAUACGCAACAAGUGAAGUGGUGUUUUUGCCGCGGAGUCGGAGAGAGAGACUUUCACUGA